AUGAAAAAUGAGAAGAAACGUCAGAAGCGUGGCUUGGAACUGAUCGCAAGUGAGAAUUUCACAACGAAGGCUGUUUAUGAUGCACUCGGAUCUGCAAUGUCAAAUAAAUAUUCAGAAGGUUAUCCCGGUGCUAGGUAUAGGCUUUCAAUUGUACAUUUCAGCUGUUUCAACGUUUUUCUCAAUACGCUUACAAUCACUUGCAGAUAUUAUGGUGGUAAUGAAUUCAUCGAUCAGAUGGAACGUUUAUGCCAACAGCGCGCACUUAAGGUCUAUGGACUAGAUCCGGAAAAAUGGGGUUGUAACGUGCAGAGCUUAUCGGGUGCACCAGCCAACUUUGCCGUCUAUACAGCAAUUGUUGAACCCAACGGGCGUAUUAUGGGAUUGGAUUUACCCGAUGGUGGACAUCUGAGUCAUGGAUUCUACACGCCACAACGCAAAGUAUCAGCAACGUCAGUGUUCUUCCAAUCAAUGCCCUACAAAGUGGAUCCAGUCAGUGGUCUUAUCGAUUACGAUGCAAUGGAGAAGAGCGCCAUGCUCUUCAGACCUAAAAUCCUCAUUGCCGGUGUGAGUUGUUAUGCUCGUCACUUGGACUAUGCUCGAUUCCGUCAGAUCGCUGAUAAAUGUGGUGCAUAUCUGAUGGCCGAUAUGGCACACAUAUCUGGUCUUGUAGCCGCUGGAGUGAUACCGUCACCGUUUGAGUACGCAGAUAUUGUCACGACAACAACACAUAAGUCGUUACGUGGACCUAGAGGAGCGAUCAUCUUCUAUAGAAAAGGCGUACGAUCGGUGACAGCAAAAGGUGAUAAAGUGAUGUACGAUCUGCAAUCGAAGAUCGAUGCUGCCGUCUUUCCGGGACUUCAGGGUGGCCCACACAAUCACACUAUUGCUGGAAUAGCGAUAGCACUGAACCAGUGUCUCACUAAAGAAUACGUUGAGUACGCCAAACAAAUCCUCAAAAAUUCGCAAGCAUUAGCGCAUCGAAUGGUUGAGCAUGGGUAUAAACUAGCAACAGGUGGAACGGAUAAUCAUUUAUGUUUGGUGGAUUUAAGACCGAAAGGUUUGGAUGGCGCUAAAGCGGAGCACGUCCUUGAUUUAGCUCAUAUCACCUGCAAUAAGAACACUUGUCCUGGCGAUCAAAGUGCCCUGAGACCGGGUGGUAUUCGUCUUGGUGCGCCAGCGUUGACAUCUCGUGGCUUUAAAGAAGAAGACUUCGUGAAAGUUGCCGAUUUCAUCCACGAA